AUGUAUCGACCCAACUCAAAAUGGACGUGGGCGUUUUCCCUCAUCGCCCUUGCCCAGGCCAUGAUCGUUCUUGCAGGCGAGAGUUAUGUCUUUGCGCAUUUCCAGAUCCACCUUGAAAGCAUUCCCAACACCAGCGGCAACACAUCCUCGCGGACCAUUCCCACCUUCCUGACCCUGUACAUCUUCGGUUUCUUGUACCAGCUGGUGCUCGUGUGGGAUGCGUUGCGCAUGAAAAAUACCAUUCAGGUCAUCGGACUGGUCAUGUACAAUGUUGGACUGCUCAUCUACGGCGCCGUCCAGAUGGACCAGAUCAAGGACGCGAUCUUAGAGCUAGCUGAAGAUGACUACAUUCGCAGAGACAUCUGGUCCGAUACCGAGCCAUAUCUCAUCGCCAUCCCUUGCAUCCUUGCCGUGGGGACGGUUCUGAUGGCUGGCUGCGCCUGGAAACUCUACGACGAGUUCGCAUGGACCAUCUACAAGCGCAUCUCGGCCGACCUGAGGAUGAAGCGGCGCUAUCUCCAGUACCAAAUCUACAUCACCGUGCUGAAGUUCGACUUCUUCUUUUUCCUCGGAUUUACCGUCCAAUUCGUCGUCAUUGUCAAGGGCCGAGGCGCCGAGUUCGCUCUCACCAUUGCCGCCAUUCCCGUCACCAUUUUCAUUUUGUUGGCCGCUGCCUGGUUUGUGCGGAAAGAAUCGCUCAUCGGCAGCAUUGCCGUCAUUAUCCUCUACUUCGGCGGCCUCGCCUACUUCGUCUUCAAGAUGGUCCGUAUGUACUCGCCGCACUGGAAGGAUCCAUAUCUCCCGGCACGAAAAGAACUGACGGCCUUUGCCGCCCUGACCAUUAUUCUCAUCCUCCUCACCAUCACGUACGCAUGUAUUUGCGCAAACAACUAUAAGACGGGUCUCAAACCGUACGUCAACAAGCCGCAAGUCAUCGAGGACGAUGAGAAGCCGAUGGGAGGAAGUGCAUAUGCUCCGUACGCCACCGAGAUGGAACCCAGCGGGGCUGGGAAGAUGCCGGCUCCGCGGCCGAUGGCAAACAGGAUGGAAAUUGACUGA